GCUCUCAACAGGCCACACAACCAGACCAUUUCAGACAGCCUUAAGUUUAGCUCCAUCCUCUAGGCUACUUUCCAGGUAAACCUUGCUGUAGCAGCAUACCUUGGCGUGUAGCUAUUUAGACUAGCUAAUUUGGGUGGAUCACCAAACACGCACAGGUUCUUUAAUGGACGUUCAGGCAAUGGAGCACGAUUUACUAUUGCGGGCGCAUUGGUAUAAAUGUAUGUUUCUAUACGUUUGCUUGGUCUUGGCAAAUGCGGAGUUCGAUGGCAGAUGGUCUACUACGCAGAUCGGAUCAUCUAAUGGACUGUGUCGGUAUGGUGGGCGAGUCGACUGCUGCUGGGGUUGGAAACGAAAUUCCUGGGGUCACUGCCAACCAUCCUACGUCUUAACCCUCAAAGUAGUCGGGAUAAGGUGCAGAGACCAAGCUGUAUGCCACCAUGGAUGCAAGCACGGACAGUGUGCUGGACCUAACAAGUGCACGUGCCACCCUGGCUUCACGGGAAAGACCUGCAACCAAGAUGUCCACAUUUGUGCAAUGGCAAACUGUCAGUAUGGAUGUGACGUGGUGAGAGGGGAGGUGCACUGUCAAUGUCCAUCUCCUGGAUUACAUCUUGCCCCAGAUGGGAGGACAUGUGUGGAUGUAGAUGAGUGUGCAGCUGGUCUUGCUGUGUGCCCCAGGUUUCGCAAAUGCAUCAACAGCUUUGGGAGCUACAUCUGCAGAUGCUAUGAGGGCUUGGUCCUGCAGUUCAUCAAUGGAAAAUAUCAAUGUAUUGCUAUUCCAAAGGUGAUUAUUGAGCCUCCAAGGCCUGGGAAAAUACCACCAAAAAAUAGAGUCCCUGAUGCUGACCAGACAAGGAUCACCAACUUACAACCACCAGUGACCAUACCAUCUAUAGUCAAAACAACCAACUCCACUGUGUCUACUGCAGUACCUCCACCUCGAAGGAAAACAGUUCCCCAUAAGCCACCUGUCCCCACACGUCAGUCCCAAAGACCCACUGUGAGAACUCCAUUAUUGGUCACCCCAAAACCACACUUUAGACCCUGGAGGCCACCAUUUCCCAUUACAAAGGCCCCAUCUCUCACUCAUAAGGUCAAUCCCACACAGUGGCUCCCUGCUCCAACAAUCACUUCCUUGGAUAACAGAAUAAGCAAAGUUUUCACACCAAAACAGAGAGGAGAUGUUCACAUACCACGUAAACAAGGCCAGGAAAAUGGACCGGGUAUUAAUUUUGAUGUUGAACUGGGAAACACUGAUGAGGAAAUGGGUGAUGAUCCAGAGGCUGGUGUUCUGAGCUGUACUUUUGACUAUGGCCUUUGUGGGUGGAUAAGGCACAGGGAAGGAGACUCACAGUGGACAAUAGUAGAAUAUCCUUCAGGUGAGAAAUAUCUGACUCUCCCUGAAGUCACUGUGAAGCACAGUGGAAGGGGAGCGCAGCUUCUCCUGCCUCUCAUUGCACCAUGGAACCAGGGCUCCAUGUGUCUGUCUUUCCGACAUAAGCUUGCUGGCCAUCAUGUGGGCAUGUUGCAAGUGUUUGUGGAGAAGGGUCGACAUCAUAGCCCAGCAAUGUGGGGUAGAACCAGGGGAAGUGGGUGGAUGUCAGCCCAGAUCACACUGUGGGGCAACAAACUUGAAAGUAUAAUUAUUAAAGGUGAGCGUAGAAGAAAUCGACAAGGAGAGAUUGCUCUUGAUGACAUCACUCUAAGAAGGGGGCACUGCCCAGAAGAGUAUAACCUGAGGCAUUGAAACAGUCACAACAAACACAUACAGAGAUGUCUUGUUAUGUUCCAAAGGGCAAAGAUAAAAUAUUUCUAUGAUCCUCCUGCCCCUUAUGCUUUAUUUCUAGAGCUGUGUAUUUAUAUAUGAGGAGUCUUAUUCAUAAUUGUUAACAGGCCAUUCCAGGCAAACAUGUUAUUGUUAGCCUGCCUGACUUUACACUAUGACAAUAUAAUUUGGUGUUACGUUGAUAUUAAACAGAUAAUCAGAAGAAACUGAUAGCCCUCUUCGUAUAGCAGAUAAAACAUUGAUUAUUGUUGUAAUGACUUUUAACAUCACAAGUAGUCAUCUGGGGCCGUAUUCACAAAGAAUUU